AUGAAAGUGUGGUAUGAACUGAAAUAUGGUCUGGCAAAGUAUAUCCUACCGCAACUCAAGAACCUCCUUUUGGAUGAAGCGUUGGACACUGGUGGAGUUGGCGAAAUUGGCGAGAUGGUUGCUCGCAUUCUGCUGCUUCUAGCGAUGGACACGUGUGUGAUGGGGGACAAAGAUUUUUCCCAGUGCUACCAUACGAUCGGGCAAUUUGUACCGGUGCAGGAUUUCUUGAACGUGCUAACAGGCCACGAGGAGAUGUCGAUAUAUCUCGAGAAGAUGAUCAGCAAGGAGAAUUUGAGACCAGAAUUCAACAAGUGGUGCUCGAAGUGGGAUGGUUGGUACGUGGGGUUCACCCACUUUGUGCAGUUGCAGCUCGAGCCGAAUGAGGACACGCUUUGGUUUUUGCUGGGACGUCAGGCUGCAGGUAUUUUCCCCCGUAACCAGUAUGGAGCCGAUUUGUUGAUCCCGAUGUUUAAGAAGAGAUCCAACAGCAGGCCAGUCGGUGGGGAGACUACGAGGGGUGAACAAGAGGAGCAUAAGGUGUUGAUGAUGUUGAUUCAAGUGAAGAAUCGUUUCCCAGUCGAUGGUGGGUUUUCCAGGGCAGCGACGGAGAAACUAUGCCCCUGGUUUGUGUUCGGAAAGAACAGUGAUGGGAACUCGUCAGCGGGGAAAUCUACCGGUGAAAUUGGUGGGGAUCCGAAACCGCUGGGUUCCACGGAUGUCCGUGAUACCAUUCGCAUCUACAUGAAUGUGCGCGGUCGGAAGAGUGACGGCAAGUUCAUCUAUGCCACGACAAUGAAAGACAAUCUUAAGCCCAAGAAGAAAGGCAACGCCUCUGAGGUGAAGGAGGAGAGUCAGACGAUCGGGAGUCAGGCGAAGAAGCGGGCGAAGAUCGAGAGCAAUCCUGGCGUCUCAAGUGUGUCGAGUGUCUCGGAGGAGGAGCCUGUUUUCACGAUCUGCCUCCGUUUGCUCAACAGGGUCACCUACCCGUUCCUGAGCGACGGCGUGGCUUCCAUGCUAUCAAACAUGGUGGAGUCUCAGUAUGACCCGCUGGGGCUUGUGGAGGGCGACCUGGACUAUCGCGAUGAAGAUGAAAAACGAAACAAGGACGUUAGUUCGUAUGCAAAGUUGUCGCUUACCGCGAAGCGCGACAAGUUGUUGCAGAACGCCCGUAAAGCACUAGCGUACGCGCCGGGUGACAAGGAAGAAGAGUGA